CAGCUGUUUGUUUAUAGCGUCCAGGACGAUAUUUGUUUUCCACCGAGUGUUUGGAAAUGAUCUGCCUCAACACAGUAUUUCCUGCAAAAGCGUUCACAUAAUUGUACAUAUUGUACAGCAAAAUGCAAACCUGCGUAUCGUGUAGAGUGAAAAACAAUGGCAUGAUUGCUAUUUAUCAGCAUCCAAAUGGGUUGGAUGAGAUGUUUCACUCAAUUACCGACAUAAAGGUACAACCGGAAGAACAUCUGUGUGUGCCGUGCUAUGAUGAUUUGAAGGUAGCAUAUCGCUUCAAACAGAGAUGCAUUCAGAACACGGCACCACGGUUAUCGUCUCGGGCUAAAAAGACGACACAUGCUCCUGCAGACCAGAGCGUCAUUAGUAGUUGUACGGAUGUUUACACAACGUAUGAUAAAUCUGUUCCGGAAUCGACCAUAAAUCAAAAUACAGAAAACAACAGCAGCAAUGGCAGGGCGAACACGUCUAAUUAUGCACCGGAAAUGUCAGAUCCUUCGCCGCUUCCCAAGAUAGAAUUAUGCAUAGAAAAUGAAACGAUACAACAGGAUGAUGUUGAAAUUAGCGAAGAACUCAUUGACCCGCUACAAGACGAGGAAGAUCAACCGUUAGCAAAUUAUAUAAUCGGGGUAAUAGAAAGCGCAACUAAUCACAAUGCACCAAAAGACAAAGUGGGUACCGAUGCCGCUAAAGAACAAAUCGACGACCAAACCAUAACUGCAGCCACCCAAGAGAGGGGUCAAUCCUCUUCUCUUCUACCGAAGCUGCAUAGCCUGAUGUGUGAGUACUGUUUCAAAGAGUUUACCCUGCUGGCCGACAAGAUCGAACAUACCGAGUCGCACAAAUCGGAAGCGAAACCAUUCAAAUGUGUGCAGGAAGGUUGCGGCAGAUCAUUUAAAGACCGCGUAGGUUUGCGAUCGCACGUGCGCAUCCAUUCCGCCGUGAAGCGGUUCGGCUGUCGGUACUGCCCGAGGCGAUUCCACACGCUGGGCAAUCAGAUGGCGCACGAGCGAACACACAGCGGGGAGAAGCCAUUUAUUUGUCCAAAGUGUGGCAAAGGCUUCGCGGAGGGAGGCAAUCUCAAGAAUCAUAUUCGCUUCCACACCGGCGAACGGCCGUACGCUUGCAAUCUGUGCGACAAAUCGUACAGAACGCACUACUCUCGAUCGGUUCAUAUGCGCUCACAUACCAACGAACGACCGUAUCUGUGCGGUGACUGCGGGAAAGGGUUCUAUUCGAGCGGCAAGCUGACCAUCCACCGCCGGACGCACACUGGCGAACGGCCCUACGAAUGUACGAGCUGUACGGCAAGGUUUUCCGAAACGUCCUCGCUUAGGCGACACAUGGUUAAAAAACACUUAAAUAAGUGAACAUAUAUUUAACUGUGCAGGGUAGUUUGCCAAUUGUUGCACACUUAAGGGAACAGCCAACGUAUUUCAUAAGUUUGAGAGGGAUACAACCACAAUAUUCAUGUUAUGUGUGUCUAGUUUACAUCAUUAUUGUUUAAAAAACAGCAUACAUAUAUUUUUCUAUUAUUCAGGAGAAACAAUUUUGCUGUAUCGCUUAAAAGUAUGAAUAUAUGUUGUAUUUUAAGCAGAAAAUGAUAAUGUCAAGAAAUACUGAUAUUUAAACCUAUUCAAAAGCCCAAUUUCGAAAUGUUAUACAUUUACUAAAACUCAAAGUUCUAUUAUUGUACACUUUUAAAUGCACUGAAACCGACGAAAAAGACAUCUAUUCUAGAUAUUUUCUAUUGAACAGUGUUCAGGACAAUACGAAACGCUGUUACAUUAACACGUUUGUGCUUGGUUCAAGCUGGAAUUCCGCAAAAUAAGUAGCAACUUGCGGCACUUGCUGCCAGACGCCAAUGGUAGACGAAAGCAAAAUGAAGGCACGAUGAAAAAAUAAGGCUUUGGACUGUGCAAUAAAAUAGGAUCGAAGCGCUCUCUUUGUUCUAAUUAUUGAACAGUGUAUUCAUAACAUAACUAACAUAAGUAUUUUUUUUUUCUAGCAAAAAGUCUACAAUUUUACUGUCAUAGGAAAAAAAACAUUCAUCAUCAUCAUAGUAGCAAUAGGAUUAAGUUUCACUCCUUAUUUAACAUAGGAUCCGAUGAGGUGAAAGCAUCCAAAUUUCACGUGAAAAUAAUUCUAAAAAAAUUGAAUAAUUAUAAUUUUAUUAAAAUCCAAACAAA